UCUCUUCACUCCCAGAAAAAUUCUAAGUCCCUGAACCUGUACGAGUAAAGUACCUUGUGUUAAAACAUCUGAGUUCAGGUUAGGAAGUUAAUAUGCUCUACUCUAGCAAAUUUGAAAGUUGCCGAAUUUUUUUUAUAAACCAAUAUAGUAUUUACGUGAAAUAAAUUGAUCAUUGAGAGCUCUUUGUGUGCACGAGGCUAAGUCCUCGCGCAUGCGCAGAAUGCCGCCAUAACGACUCUGUUUCUGAGCGGCCGACGAGCGUCAGCCGUUGAGACAUAGUUUCUGGCCGAGCUCGAAGCAGAGAAGAUCGAGCAGCAAAUACGGUCGGCGAGUGAUUUCAAAAUGGCCGAAUUGAGCCAUGAUUCCAGUCAAGAAGUGGUGAACGUCAUGGCUUCCAAUCAAACUAAUGGCUUGUCAAAUGGUUUGACCAAUGGCACCUCCAAUGGUCACUCUGACUCGUCCAAACACAGAGAUAAAGACCGGGACAAACACAAAAGUUCUCACAAGGAUAGAGAUAAGGACCGACACUCUUCAAGCAGUAAAAGUUCUCACAAGGAUAAGGACAGAGAUAAAGAUAAAUACAAAAGCAGCAGCAGUAGCAGUGAUAAACAUAAAAGUAGCAGUAGUAGUAGCAGCAGUGGUGAUAAACACAAGAGUAGCAGCAGUAGUUCUGAAAAGGACAGGCAUAGAGACAAAGAUAAGCACAAGAGUAGCAGUGGCAGCAGUGGGGACAAAAGUAAGCACCACAGCAGCAGUUCUGACAAAGAUCGCAGUAAGGAUAAGGAGCGAAGUGACAAAGACAAAGAGAGGAGCGAUAGAGACAAAUCCAAAUCAAGAGAUGACAGAAGCAAGCAUGACAAAGACAAGCGUCACAGCAGCAGCAGUGGAGACAAGAAGGAUCGUGACAAGGAUCGCCAUCACCACUCGUCAUCCAAGAGCUCUCAUAAAGACAAACAUCGAGAGAAAGAGAAGCCCAAAGAGCCACAGGAAAUGAAAAUGGAGGCUGUGGGCUGCAUUAAGGAGGAGCCUAUGGACACUUCACUGAACACCUCACGAGAGUUUGUGAAUGAAGAAGGCAUGAACCACCGCAAUGCGGACGUCUCUGCGGAGAGCGAAGAGGACACCAAGCUGGUCAUCGAGGAGGCAGCCGUCAAAGAAGAGACCAACUGUGAUGAAGAUGACGUGCCUCUUGCAUUUCAUUCUCGAGUCAAGCGGGAGUCAGAGGAGGACGAGGAGGAAUACUUGCCUUUGGGCGCUCGAAAGCGAACCAAACCCCCACCGCCCGAGUCCGAUGACGAUGAUGACGUGCCAUUGGCCGCCAGGAAGCGACCCAAGAAGGAGGCGUCCGAGUCAGAUGACGAUGUGCCGCUCGCCGCCCACAAGAAAUCCAAGAAGAAGAGGAAGAAAGCCUCCAGUGACGAGGAAGACGAAGACUUCAAACCGGCUCCUAAGAAAGUCAAAACGAAAAAAGAAAAAGCAACUCCACCUAAGCGAAGCAGCAAAGCCAACGAAGCUCAGGCCAAGUCUCCUACCAAGAGAGUCAAAAAGGAGACAGAAGAAGAAAAACACGUUUGGAAAUGGUGGGAGGAGGAGAAGAAAGCUGACGGCCGCAAGUGGACGUUCCUAGAGCACAAGGGCAUCGUGUUCGCGGACCCCUACGAGGUGCUGCCCUCCAACGUCUACAUGAAGUACGACGGCAAGCCCAUGCCGCUGAGCCCUGAUGCUGAGGAGGUCGCUGGCUUCUAUGCCCGCAUGCUCGACCAUGACUACGUUACCAAGGAUCAGUUCAAUAAGAACUUCUUCAAAGACUUCAGGAAGGUAAUGACGUCUGAAGAGAGAGCCGUCAUCACUGACCUGAAGAAAUGCGACUUCAGGAAAAUGCACACAUACUUCCUACAGAAGAACGAGGAGCGAAAGAACAGAAGCAAGGAGGAGAAGAAGGCUUUGAAAGACAAGAAUGACGAGCUCAUUGCCGAGUUCGGCUGGUGCAUCAUUGAUGGUCAUAAACAAAGAAUAGGCAACUUCAAGGCUGAACCUCCGGGUCUAUUCCGUGGCCGCGGCGACCACCCUAAGAUGGGGAUGCUAAAGCACCGCAUCAGACCUGAGGACGUUAUAAUUAACUGUUCCAAAGACUCCAAAAUCCCCCAACCUCCACCUGGUCACAAGUGGAAAGAAGUACGACAUGACAACACCGUUACCUGGCUGGCGUCCUGGACCGAGAACGUGCAGGGGCAGGUCAAGUAUGUCAUGAUGAACGCAGCAUCUAAGCUCAAGGGCGAGAAAGAUUGGCAGAAAUAUGAGACAGCUCGCCGCCUCCACCAGGUGGUGGACAAGAUCAGGGACCAGUACAGGCUGGACUGGAAGAGCAAGGAGAUGCGUAUCAGGCAGCGUUCUGUUGCUCUCUACUUCAUUGACAAGUUGGCGCUGAGGGCGGGUAACGAGAAGGAUGAAGAUCAGGCUGACACGGUGGGCUGUUGCUCUCUGCGUGUUGAGCACAUAACGCUGCACGACGAGAGGAACGGCAAGGAAUGUGUCGUAGCCUUUGAUUUCCUCGGUAAAGAUUCCAUCAGGUACUACAAUGAAGUGCCCGUUGAAAAGCGCGUCUACAAGAAUGUGAAGCUCUUCAUGGAGAAUAAAGCUCCUGGUGAUGACCUCUUUGAUAGGCUCAAUACGCAAAUCAUGAACAAGCAUCUGAACGAACUGAUGGAGGGUCUGACUGCCAAAGUGUUCCGUACAUACAACGCAUCACGGACGCUUCAGGAGCAGCUCAACAAGAUGACGGACGCUGACAGCGAUGUGGCUGUCAAGGUGCUCAGCUACAACCGCGCCAAUCGUGAGGUUGCUAUUCUCUGUAACCAUCAGCGCUCUGUUCCCAAAACUUUUGAUCAGUCUAUGGCAAACUUGCAGAAGAAAAUCGACGAAAAGAAGGAUGCCAUCGAAGAGGCUGAGAAAGAUCUGAAAACUCUGAAGCGGCAGGCUAAAGGAUCAGUUGCAGAGAAGUCGAUGUAUGACAAGAAGAAGAAACAAGUUGAACGCUUGCAAGAGCAGCUGCGUAAACUCGAGAUCCAGGCAACUGAUAAGGAAGAGAAUAAGCAGAUUGCUUUAGGCACUUCCAAGCUGAAUUAUCUGGAUCCUAGGAUCUCUGUGGCUUGGUGCAAAAAACAUGAUGUGCCUAUCGAGAAAGUCUACAACAAAACUCAGCGCAUGAAGUUCCAGUGGGCCAUUGAGAUGGCCACGGAGGACUAUGAUUUCAUGGAGCCUCCCACCUCCACGCCCAGCAUGAACAACACCAAUAACGAUGAUGACGAAGAGGAAGAGUAUGACCAGGAUGAAGACGAUUCUUAAGGAUUGUGUGUUUAUAAGUUGCAAUUUGUAUUUAGCAAGAACAACGUUUUAAGGUCAAAUAAGCAGUAUCCUUUGUUCUCAAGGUCCUAAAUUACGUCUAACGAACAUAACUGACGUCGUUUCCUUACUAAAUUAUAUGUCAUAGAGCACGGGUUUGAUAUGAGGACAAUGUUUCUGUAACAGCAGCGAAUAUUUCGCAACUUGUCAUUAGUGACUGGUUCACCAACAGUAGCUCGUGGAUACUUUCUACGACUGCGUCAAAAAUUGUUAUGAAAUGCUUGAUUUUAGGUUAAAAAUAAAUAUUUGUAUUUAUGUGCUAUUGACCGAGAUGUUUCAAUUAUCCAUUGAAGUUAUCCGUAAUUAUCUGAUUUUAUGGUUACAGUAAUUAAUUUAUCCUCGUAGGAAAGCACGUUUUUUUGUGUGGAUUUUUGUUUUUUUUUAUUAGGUGUCACUUAUGUGAUUAGGUACUUUUGUAUAUUUGUUGUUGCUGUUUGAGUUAUGAGUCGUGCUCUCAUGAGGUAUUUAUUCUCUGGUCUACAAUUUCCUUUUUCAUGGCGCUUACUUAAAUUCCUUUAUAUUGUCCAAUAGUAUAAUUGAAAAUUAGUGUAAAUUUCUGCGUCAUUUUUUCAAGAGUAGUAGAGUUGAAUGCUCUACUAAUUUCAUGGUUGCUUUGAAUUUUGCAGUUUUUCUAAUGUAACUGACCUCUUUUCUGCUGUGUUAUUCGAUGCACAAAAAUCCACGCUGGUUGUCCUGUUGGGAACAAUUUUUGAGAGUUCUAGAGAUGAAUCGUGUCUCCUGAUGUCAUCAUGGCAAAUGGUUUGAGUACAAGCAAACCUUGGUAAAUAAAUUCACGUCUGGAGUUCAGUUUCGAAAAAUGUUUCGAGCCGAACCGCGGCUUCGUGUGCCGAUUUAUUCUCUAAUUCACACACGCUGUCGAUCUAUCUAGCCGUCUUGUAAAACUGAUGCCAGUAUACCUUUCGUGAAUAUCUUGGCAAUUGUUUGUGUUUGCACUACAAAAUGAAUGGACACGCCGCUUAGACUCUACUAUUGCGUCUUGGUUGUGUUAUGAUAACGCUGCUCAAUUUAAAAGUAUUACGCAUCGCUCCUCAACUGCUCUCCUAUAUUCCACGCAAUUCAUAAGUUUUUGCAAUGCCUCUGGAUGUUCGGCUGAUAAAUUUUUUCUCAGUGUUGGUGAUCUAGGAUGCUGCCCCGGCACUCCGUUUAUGAAUUUCAUUGGCUUAAGAGAUUUUUUCUGUUGAUAGAUCUGUUGAGCUGUGUUCUAAUAUUGAUCAGUGGGUUGCUCUGCUCCAUUAAAAAUUUUUUCUCUCAGUUUCGAAGGUUGUAUUGAUACUGGCCUUCCAGUCGUAUUUAAGUGACUGCGUUGUAUGAAUUUUUACUUGGAUAUUUAUAUAACCGUAACUGUAGGGAAACUUCUGGCUGUAAGAUAGUGUGUAAUAGUUCUAUUUCUCAUUCGCCAUAGUUUAGCAGUGCUUCUUCCCAUUUAGUAAUUAGUGAUGGUUAUUCCCCAUGCAUCGCGCUGCAUCGUAGUUGCUUACGACGGUAAUGCGUCACAUUAUUUAAUUCUUCGCCAUUAAUCAGCCACUGUGGCUGUAAACAUGGAUGAAAUUUACUUUGUUUACAAUUUAGUUUAUUUAUUGCAAGUGUGUAAAGUUGUAGGGGUUACCUGAUCUUACCAAAUCGUACUCGUUGCAGUUCUCCCAACACAGUUGAGUCGCCAGCGUCAGUUGAAGUUUCUUUCGCAGGAAUCAUUUUGCAGUGCAAUUCUGAAAUGUAAUCAUUCAUACGAAUUUUAUUGUUGUGACUUAAUUUUUCAGGGCAUUUUGACGAUUUUUCUCUGCGAUUAGUUUAAAGAAAUAAUAGCCCUGAAUCUUUCACAGUAACCAUUUUUGGAUUUGAUACAGCGUCUGUUAGACCUCAUCCCAUGAUGGUGAUGACCAUGUUUCUUGUAAGGUCGAAGUAUUGGGUAUGCUUACGUUCCAUUCAGAUAUUAAAUUGGUAGCACAUAAUAUAUAAUCUAAGUAGUUGUGCAUAACUUUAUUCUGUUUAAUAAAGUUCGUGUCUC